CACUUCCCACAAAUCAGUGGGCGCGAGCACCUUGGUCUCCAUGACAGUCUUGUUAUUGUUGUUCAGUAGAUAAUCAUGGAUGGAUAAAGAAUACAACUGCUUUUCUCGCCAUUAAACAUUUCCUAAUAAAUCAGUCGACGAUAUGGUGAAAUAAUCGGAUUUUCGUUAUAUGUUCGCGGACUCUUUACUCCUCCACACAAGGUUCGAUAGAUCAGGUUCGGCCCAGCUCAGUGCUGGAUGCUACACCUUUUUCCUCACAGCAUAGCUGUGAUCCAGUCUGUGUGGUUCCUGGUGGGUCCGACUGUUUGUGAAGCAUGAGAGGGCAGCGGUGGUGCAGCGGCCCGGUCCGGACACAGGAGGCUCGGAGUCGGAUCACAGGCUUGACGGAGGAGAUGCGCCUGUAACCGCUUCAGGAGGAUGAUUUCCCGAUACAGCCGCCGGCCUGUAUCUCACAGCCUAGAAAUUCGUGGUUUGUCCCGCAGCUGUCUGGACCAGCAUCCUCUUCCAGAGGAGGCAGAUGAUGGUUCUGUGCAUCCUUCCAGACUCCUGCAUGAUCUACAGGAGGACAUGUCCUCAUACAGCAGGUCUGAGGAGUCCUCUGCAUCAUCCGUCAGAUCAGGAUGUCAGACACUCACCACAGAUGACACAGCUCAGUCUUGGUCUGGUAUCCAUAGUUACACAGGAACUGGCAUCUCUACAGAACGCAGCUCUGUCUUCUCGUGGGGCUAUGAUGAAUUUGAUAAAGCUGCCUCCAGGCAGGUCCAGCAGAUGUUUGAAGAGAUUGAAGAACUGUUGUAUGAGAGGAAGUGUGAAACACAGCUCAAAGGCCUGCAGGAAGAGUGUCAAGAGUGGGCUUCGCGAUUCCCUCAUCUACGGAUCCUCGGAACACAGCUGGUGUGUCCUACAGAUGAAGGAUUCCAGUGGUACGCCACACCAGCUCAUGUGCCCGUCCCCUCCAGUGGCGGCCAGAGCAAUGAGAAAACUAAUGAGUUGUGUGUGCAGGGUCGGAGGGCAGUUUUGUGUCGGCCCACUUUGGAGGUGACCCACCCUCAUGCCAUGCCCAGUAGUAACAAUGGAGACGAGUUGCCCAGGGUGAUCGAGGCUGAGGGGCUGAUAGAAGAGUAUCUUGCCUACGAUUGCAGGGACCUGGACGAGGAGUGGGAACGUGACUAUGUGAACAGACGGCGGAGGCGCUGGCUGCCCCCUGUCUCACCUUAUCGCUGUCGUCGGGAGGCAGUGCUUGAUCUGCUUUUUGAUGACGUGUGGCGUGAGCUCAUUGGCUGGAUGGAGGAGCUUGUACGUAGGCAUUGGGAGGGUUUUGUGUCAGAUGAUGAGAAGAAUAGCGUGGCCCUCAGCCCUGCCUGCCCUGAUUCCCAGAAUCCUUUUCUGCUGCUGUCCAAUGUCUCAACAUUGCUUCCUCCACUGUCACAGACCAGAACACAACAGCUCACGGCCAGCUUGCAGGCUCAGAGCUCAAAGUCAUGGGGUUCAAAGCACAAGUCAAGACGGAAAUCCAAAAAGCAGAGAAAGUCAUCGACAACCAGUCGAGUACCUGCAGGCGCAACGGUUGCUCAUCACAAUCUCAAUGACCUCAUCAUGAUACAUGGCAUUCCACUGCAGCAAAGGAACAUGGGAACACUGGACCGAAUAGCUCAGGACUCCGAGGAGAAAGUGUCUCAUCGUCCCGGCUCUAGUGUCAUUCCCACCAGUAAACCACGGCCCCGUCGUGCACUGGAACAAAGCACCUCCUCUUUGACGCCCCCUCAGUCGGCACGGCGACGGAACCCACCCCCCCGCACUCUAAUGCCAUUGACGUCCAGUGUUACACAGUCUAUCACAACUGGCUCCAUGGAAGAGGUGGUUAGAGGCACAAGAUUGACGACUGCCAGUGAUCGUUUGGCCUCACCUCCAAUGCCUCUCAGUAGAAACACACUCCUCCCUCCCAUUGGCACAGGAGACGCAGACCACACAUACUCCGGACAGCACUCGCGGCUCAUGCAGAAGCAGAGAGGCUCCUCGAGUCGUGCGCACAGUGCAGUGACCGACGAGGGUGUCAGUCUGCAGCCCAGAGACAAACUGCACCUGCUGGACGUGUUUUCCAGACCCAACACCACACACACCUUUAGGUCAGACACCCCUUACCGCCGUUCAUUCACUGGAAUAGACAACAUCGGGCAGGGACGACCUGGCAGAGCGUCUGUUGGUGUAGAUUCUCUGGGAAUUGGUGUGACUGGAAUCAGUUUGGGCAUCAGCAGCUCCUCCUUCAUAGACUCAUUUUCUCAUCAUCCCCUUGGCCACUUCCCCAUCGAGCAUGAGGAGGAGCCAGAUGCAAAAGCUCCGCCCCCAGUGUCUGUUCCAGCACGUUCCCACAACAGAGGCGGUUCGACGGCACGCAGUAGCAGACCAGGGCUUUAACACAAAUACACAUACACAAACACACAAUCUCCAUCACCUUCUUGAACCAAACUCACCUCAGCACUGACGCAACUUUUCUUCAGUACUGACGGGCGCUUUAUACGUCUGCUGGACUUUUGUAUGACACGCCGUUUGGGCGUGGACUUUAUUUAUGACUGCUGUUGUUAUUAUUAGUAGUAUUGUUAUUCAUGUUGUUGUUUGAAAUUUUCUAAAACCCUAUUUUUGUAUAUUGGACUAUUCAGCUUCAUACGGCUGCCAAAUACAGGAAACUGUCUUUCCCUUACAUCUGUAGAUGUACUGUACAUGCUGUACUGUAUGGAGUAACUACUUUUGGUUUUCGCUAAAGACGGCUCUGUGAAGCCUACAUGGAGUUUCUAUGCAGGUUCAUUCAAGCAGGGUAUUUUAAAUUGCCUGGAUGUUGCCUCACCGGACCCUAUUGGAUCGUGGAACCUGCUAUAGAAGAUUAUACUAUCUAAAUCCUAGACGGAUGUUCCAUUGUGAUGCAAUUCCAACAAUUUCAUCCAUGAUCAUGGACAAUAGGUGUGUAAGAAUACUUUUUAUUAAGAUUACGAAGAGUCCAAAGGGUUGUAACCCUUUGUAUCAUGAUUCCAAUAACAUUAUAACAUUCAAACUGACUCCAAGGUCUUAAUCAGUGUAGAACCACCUUGACCCUGUUUUUCAGAGGGAAACACUAAUACAUUGAAAUUCUGGAAGCACACCUGCAAUACGAGAGCGGGCCGGUACAUUAGUACAGCCUACAUAAUGACGGAUGAAAAGAGGAUUUAAAGUUUCAAGUUUCUUUUUUUAAAACCAUUUGUUAUUUAGAAAAUAAGCCUUUGUGAUUGAGCCUUAGUCCCGUGAGCCACACAGAACUUGGCAAGCGACGGACAGGAUGGUGUUUAUUAAUUAUUACAUGUAUAAAUAGAAACGCACACAAAGACUGCAGAGUUCAGGGUUUGUUCAAAUAAGCGUACUGUAAAAAUCUUCUCUCUUUUUUUUGUCGGUUUAAAGUGGAUUUUACAGGAAUAUUAUAGGGAAAUCUUUCAUUUAGACUUUUAAAUGGCCAUUUGGUUCUUUUGGUGCCAGGAAAUCCUUAAAUAUUUAACACUGACUGGUAAAGCACAUUUUGACGUACCAUUUUACUGGCAGAUAUUGAAUGUGGCUCUUACAGGUUUGUAAUGUUUAUGUGGCAGCUUCACUGUAACAGCAUUUAUUGAAAUCGUACCGGCUCUAACUGAACAUUUGCAUUUCUCCGAUUUGAUUAACGUGUUGAUCUCAGUGAGUGAGUAUUGCUUUUAAUCGACUUUCUUUCUGUCUGGAGAGUAACUAAGCUCAAAGCAUGUAUUAUGAGUGUACAGGCCAUCAUAAUGUUUGAUGAUCAGAGAGAUGGAUUCCUCUACAGCCAUACGGAAGGGAUGUCACGGGAAGACAUCUCUUCAUACCCCAGCCUAACGCCUCCGCCUCCGCCUCUAAGUCAGAUCCAGCUAUUCUUCACUCAGCUCAGCAAGGACAAUCUAGAGUUGCAGAAGUUGUAGCCAUAUCGAUUUCUAGAGUUUCUUUGUCACUCGACAGAGAUUUCUAGAGUUCCAGCAGACAUUCUGCUGUCUGACCACAGAGUUUCAUUGCUGCUGAUUUGAGUGGGAAGAUUUCAAGAGCCAUGUCACCCGGAUCAACAGACCACACUGGUCUUUUAAACACGGAUGCAGAUCUUUUGCAAGCGGAUGUGUUUGGUGUGUGGAAAUAAUGGUUUAUCUGCUCUAAGUCUGGUGGAGAUGACAGUGCUGGAUGGGAGUGUGUGUGACUGUGUGUGUGUGUGUGUGUGUGGAGGUGACAGCUCUUGGCAGGUGUAGCACUGCUGUAUCUAUGAUUCCCCCUAAAUGUUUACCUCUGUAACAUAAAUGAGAAUGGCAAUUGAACAAUAAAGGUAAUUAUUUGAAUAAUAUGGUGUUUUUCUUU